AUGUCUUCCAAGGAUACUGCCUCCGGCUUGCCAGCCCAGAACAAAUCCACGUGGUCGAGCUUUCUCAAGUCAAUCGCCUCGUUCAACGGUGACCUUUCUUCUCUGACUGCACCUCCUUUCAUUCUCUCCGGAACAUCCCUCACCGAAUACUCUGCCUACUGGGCCGAGCACCCCGCCCUAUUUGUCGCUCCGGCACGGGAAGCCGACCCGGAGAAGCGAGCUCUCGCUGUUCUGAAAUGGUUCCUUAGCACUCUUCGCCAACAGUACUGCAGCCGGAGCGAGAAACUAGGCAGUGAGAAGAAGCCUCUCAACCCGUUCCUCGGAGAGCUGUUUCUCGGCAAGUGGGAUAGCGAUGCGAAUAUCGGCGAAACUACUUUGAUUAGCGAACAAGUCAGUCACCAUCCUCCAGCGACUGCUUAUGCUAUCCGGAAUGAGAAGCAUGGUGUUCAGCUGCAAGGAUACAAUGCGCAGAAGGCCUCAUUUUCCAGCACUAUUUACAUCAAGCAGAUUGGACAUGCUUUGUAUACCCUAACACCCCCCGGCGCCGACAAAAACGACCCAGCUCAGCAGGAGAAAUAUGUCAUCACCCUCCCCGCCCUCCAUGUCGAAUCGCUGAUCUACGGAAACCCCUUCAUGGAACUUGAAAAGUCGACCUACAUCGUCAGCAGUACCGGCUACAUCUCGAAGAUCAGCUAUUCUGGGAAAGGCUGGGUGAGCGGCAAGAAGAAUACCUUCACGGCUAGUCUAUACAAAGAAAGCGAGGGCGAAAAGAAGCCCCUAUACACCGUAGAUGGGCAAUGGUCUAAUACAUUCACGAUCAAGGAUGCUCGAAUCAAGAAAGACGUGGAGACUGUAUCAGUUCAGGAUCUGCAAACCACCCCACUUACGCUUGCGCCUAUCGAAGAACAGGACCUGUACGAAAGCCGCCGCGCCUGGAGCGACGUCGCAGCAAACAUCGAAACAGGGAACAUGGACGCCGUCUCCGCAGCCAAAGGCAAGAUAGAAAAUGCGCAGCGGGAGCUCCGCAAGGUCGAAAAGGCCGAAGGCCGCGAAUGGGAGCGCCGCUUCUUCGAACGUGUCGACGAGAAUCAGGACCAGCAGUUCUUGGAGCUCGCGAGAAAGGCUGGAUUGACCUCUUUGGAGAGCGACAAAACGGGCGGCGUUUGGCGAUUCAGCCCAGAGAAGGCUGCCAACGCGGAGCCUCCGUACCAUAAGGUCGGUGGAGAAGGCCUUGGUGUCUCAAACUGA